AUCCGAGAGACCUGUCGAAAACCUAAUUCCCGAUCAUGCCGGUGAAUCUUGGAUCCAUCGUUUCGCAGUAUCGCCGCCUUGUCGGUGGUAGAUCAAUCGGGUAUCGUCAAGCUAGAGGAUUAUGUUCAUCGAUUGGUAGAAACGUAUACGGAGCAGGAGAGGCUGUCGGCGUGCAGGGGCUCAUAUUGCGAGGUAUAGCUCUGGCUACGGGAUAUAGCUUAGGUAUUAUUUUACCGGGCCGUGGCGAUAGUGCACAGGUAUUUGAGGAGAAGCUGAUGAAGGAUGUGAGGGCGACUGAGGAACUCUUUGAUCAAAUUGAUUCACGAGCUGGUUCGGUGUCUGACCGAAAAUUCUAAUUGUUUUGAAGCUUUGUAUUCGGUCAUUGUGGAAUAAGGCAGACAUAAAUUAAGGAAUUGCUUUUGUUCAAAAUGCAUGUAAACUAUAUGUGUAUGGAAAGUCUUUUGUUUCAAAUGCUAACAUUAAUAAGUAGACUGACGCAUAAUUUUCUGAUUGUAAUCAAUAAGGAGCUUGUCUUAUGGGUAACAACACUUCCUCUAUGAUGA